GUCAUGCUUGCGCCAGAUCGGCUAACUGUUCGUGGGUUAGCCCACACUCUAUUGGCUACACUAAGCCUAAUGGGGCUUAGCUUGGGCGGUCAAUGACGAAGUGAAGCACGAAACAACGUUGCAGCUCCUAUCGACGCGGUGAGCCCAACAGUGACGUGGAUCAUCGAACGUUUCUGCCUAUCCAAGUUUUCUGCCCUUACCGAACCUUGCGACUGAGCCCUAUCAUGGCGACUUGGGCUUACCCCCCACUGCCGGCAGAGCAGAUCAACCAUGAGGCGGACACUACACUGGCCCGAGAGCUAGAAUGGCUCCUGCAGUCCAUGCAGGAUUCACUUGCCUCACUGAAGGAAGGUCUGCAAGAAUGCGCAGUCCUGCUAGCCCCCAGGAACCAGGCUCGACCUUGGUGCUAUCGUCGCUCCGGUCGGAAAACGUCAAAGGCUUCGUGACUAGAGUCGGCACCAAGAUCGUGAAAGGGGAUAUUCAACUUCGUCUUGCAUCGCUGCCGCCUACACGCGGUGCCCCCAGUACCCGUCUGAACCUUUCCCAGGCACCUGGUGCACCAGAACUGGUUCUGCCGCAGCUGGUCUCGGUUCGUGAUCUUGUGGCGCAGAGUUUGGAUAUCGUCGAUGUGAGCACGUGGACGGGUGACCCUCUCAAUGCGGGUUUCAUCUUUAGCCAGCUGCAUCUCUUGCUUGAGACUAUUAGUGAGGCAAGGCAGAUGCUGAAGGGGGAGGGGGAUGAUACGCGAGGGAAGUGGUGGGAGGCCAGCGCGACUGAAAAUAUGUUUGAUCCUCCGCUUCCACCGCACUUAUCAUUCCAUCUUUCUAUUACCGAUUCCGCUCUUGUUCUUCUUCUUCGGACAUUGGAGUCCACCGCUCUCAAUCACGCGCCCACUGCAUUCGCGUCGGAUAUCUCACUGACAGGGUUCUCCUUGCGAGAUCGGAUAUUCGGAUCACGGGCACCAACACAUGACGAGGCGGGUGUCUCGUUCCAAUGGCAGGGUGAGGAAGUACGCGUUAAGGAGAAGGUCCGGGUUGAAAGCCAGGAUCCUAGUCUUAUGGCGGUCAUGGCGAAAUUGUCGGCCCUUGAGCAUGAAGUGAUGCGGUGCGUAGGUGCACUGCGAGUGCUCAUGGGCAAUGAAGAUACAGAAAGUGAAACAUAGUGCUUUUUGAUACCCCUACAUUUGAAAUAUAAAAUGCCUUCAAUUCAAGUCCAUGA